CCGCCCCCGAGGCCGCUCGGGCGGCGCUGAUUGGUGCAGAGGUAAUGGCUGGAAUGGAUUGCUGAAACGCAAAACUUGUUGCUGCUUCUCCCGGCGCCGGCGAGAGGCAGACGCGGAGCGGGAUCCCGGACCUCGCAGCGCCCCGCCCGCUCCGCGCGCCCCGCUCUCCCCGGCGGCCCCUUCCUGGGUCCGAGAGGAGCCGCGGAGCGCGGAGGCGGGAACCGCAGCUUCGGAGCCGCCGGCCCCGCGCCUCUCCUCCCGCGCGCGGCCCGGCACGCCCGCGAACUCGCGCGGAGACCGGCGGACGAGCCCGAGCCGCGGAGCCGCGCCGUCUCCCGCAGCCUGCGCUCCCGCCCCGGCGCCCGCGUCUCCUGCUGCGGGGCCGGCACCGGCGAUGAGGAGCGGAGCAGCCCGUCUGCCGAGCCGCUGAAGCCUUCGCCGCCGAUCGCGCGCCGCCGACCGACCGGAGGUGCGGGAGCCGGUGCGGCCCAGGCGCGGGGACUUGGGGCGAGGGAAGGACCAGAGGGGCUCCCCUACGGCCCCAGCCGCCUCGCCGUGGACUCCAGAAGGUGAUCAUUCCGCUCUCCCGCCCCUCUCCCUCCCCCCCCCACCUAACUUUUUUGUCUCAGCUCGUCGUUGGCCGCCGGGUUUCCUCUCCGCGUGACCCACCCGCGGUCGUGCCAUCCACCCGGGGCAUGGGCCCCCCGACCAGGCUACAGGAGGCGCCGCGGCCUCACAAGACGUGAGAGGCCGGCUUGGGUCGGUCCCGAGGUUCCGGAGAGCUCCCAGCCAGCGCCCGCGCGCCCGGGUGGCGGUGAGCGCUGCGCCCUGCGCUGCAGAACGUCCCGGGGCGCCGGAGCCGCGGCUGAAGCGAGUGGCUGGCCCGGGGCGCGCGGCGGGGCAGGCUGUCAUGCCCUAUUGAUCCCCCCGGUCCCCCGCCAAGUAUGUUUGGGCUGGACCAGUUCGAGCCCCAGAUCAACAGCCGGCACGCUGCUCAGGGCGAGGGGAACUUUAACGAAGCCGGACUGAGCAUGAACGCCCACUUCAAGGCUCCCGCUUUCCACGCCGGGCCCCCUCCUGGCCCCGUGGACCCCGCCAUAAGCGCCCUGGGAGAACCCCCGAUCUUGGGUUUGAACAUGGAGCCCUACGGCUUCCACGCGCGCGGCCACUCGGAGCUGCACGCGGGGGGGCUGCAGGCGCAGCCCGUGCACGGCUUCUUCGGUGGUCAGCAGCCUCACCACGGCCACCCCGGAGGCCCCCACCCGCACCAGCAGCACCCCCACUUCGGGGGCAACUUCGGCGGCCCGGACCCGGGCGCCUCGUGUCUGCACGGGGGCCGGCUGCUGGGCUACGGGGGUGCGGCGGGCGGCCUGGGCAGCCAGCCGCCCUUCGCGGAGAGUUACGAGCACAUGGCGGAGAGCCAGGGGCCGGAGGGCUUCGGCCCGCAGCGCCCGGGAAACCUCCCGGACUUCCAUGGUUCGGGCACCUCGGGCCAUGCCGUGCCUGCCCCGUGCCUGCCGCUGGACCAGAGCCCGAACCGGGCGGCCUCUUUCCACGGCCUGUCCGCCUCUAGCGGCCCGGAUUCGCACAGCCUGGAACCCCGGAGGGUGACGAACCAAGGAGCCGUAGACUCGAUGGAAUACAAUUACCCGGGCGAGCCGCCCUCGGGACAUUUUGACAUGUUUUCUCCCUCUGACUCCGAGGGCCAGCUGCCUCAUUAUGCUGCGGGUCGCCAGGUGCCCGGGGGCGCUUUCCCCGGCGCCCCGGCCAUGCCCAGAGCCGCGGGCAUGGUGGGUCUGUCCAAAAUGCAUGGCCAGCCGCCGCCGCCGCAGCCGCAGCAGCAGCCGCAGCACGGAGUGUUCUUCGAGAGGUUUGGCGGGGCCCGGAAGAUGCCCGUGGGUCUGGAGCCCGCGGUGGGCUCCCGGCACCCGCUGAUGCAGCCUCCCCAGCAGGCCCCACCGCCCCCGCAGCAGCAGCCCCCGCAGCAGCCGCCGCCGCCGCCCGGGCUUCUGGUCCGACAGAAUUCUUGUCCUCCCGCGCUCCCGCGGCCCCAGCAGGGAGAGGCUGGCACCCCCAGUGGCGGCCUGCAGGACGGGGGGCCCAUGCUGCCCAGCCAGCACGCGCAGUUCGAGUACCCCAUCCACCGGCUGGAGAACCGGAGCAUGCACCCGUAUUCGGAGCCCGUUUUCAGCAUGCAGCACCCCCCUCCGCAGCAGGCGCCCAACCAGAGGCUGCAGCACUUCGAUGCUCCCCCCUACAUGAACGUGGCCAAGAGGCCGCGCUUUGACUUCCCGGGCGGCGGAGGCGUGGACCGCUGCGCCUCGUGGAAUGGCAGCAUGCACAACGGCGCCCUGGACAACCAGCUCUCUCCCUCUGCCUACCCAGGCCUCCCAGGCGAGUUCACACCGCCCGUGCCGGACAGCUUUCCCUCGGGACCGCCCUUGCAGCACCCGGGCCCAGACCACCAGUCCCUGCAGCAGCAGCAGCAGCAGCAACAGCAGCAGCAGCAGCAACAGCAGCAGCAGCAACAGCAGCAGCAGCAGCAGCGCCAGAAUGCAGCCCUCAUGAUCAAACAGAUGGCGUCCCGGAACCAGCAGCAGCGCUUGCGCCAGCCCAACCUGGCCCAGCUAGGCCAUCCUGGGGACGUGGGCCAGGGCGGCCUGGUCCACGGAGGUUCGGUGAGCGGCCUGGCCCAGACGAACUUUGAGCGCGAAGGCGGCAGCGCGGGCGCGGGGCGCCUGGGUGGCUUCGAGCAGCAGCCCCACCUGGCGCAGGAGAGCGCGUGGUUCCCCGGCCCACACCCGCCCGGAGACCUGCUGCCCCGGAGGAUGGGCGGCGCGGGGCUGCCGGCCGACUGCGGCCCGCACGACCCGGGCCUGGCGCCUCCCCCCGCCCCGGGGGGCUCGGGGGUGCUGUUCCGAGGCUCCCUGCAGGAGCCUCUGAGGAUGCCGGGGGAAGGCCAUGUGCCCGCGCUGGCCUCGCCCGGGCUGCAGUUUGGAAGCAGCCUGGCCGGUCUGGGCCAGUUGCAGUCGCCCGGGGCCGGCGUGGGACUGCCCAGCGCUUCCUCGGAGCGGCGGCCUCCGCCCCCGGACUUCCCCGCGUCGGCCCUCGGGGGCCAGUCGGGCUUUCCGUUCGGCUCGGGGAGCCGGCAGGCCACGCCGCAUAGCGCUCCGGGCGUGAACUCGCCCCCGGGCGCGGGCGCGGCCAGCGGCGGCUCCGGGGCCGGCGGCGCCGCUUACCCGCCGCAGGCGGAUUUCCAGCCCAGCCAGCGCAGCUCGGCCAGUAAGCUGGGCGCGCUGUCGCUGGGGUCCUUCAACAAGCCCAGCUCCAAGGACAACCUGUUCGGCCAGAGCUGCCUGGCUGCACUCUCCACCGCUUGCCAGAACAUGAUCGCCAGCCUGGGCGCCCCCAACCUCAACGUGACUUUCAACAAGAAGAACCCACCCGAGGGGAAGAGGAAACUGAGCCAGAACGAGCCCGACAGCGCGGCCGCAGCCGGGAACCCGGGCUCGGAUUACUUCCCGGGAGGGACUACUCCAGGGGCCCCUGGACCCGGAGGCCCUUCCGGGACAGGCGGCGGUGGCCCCAAAGCCGCGGGACCGCCCAACCCUCCCAUCCAGGGGGACGGGACCAGUCUCUCCCCCAAUUAUACCCUGGAGUCAACCUCGGGGAACGACGGCAAGCCCGUCCCCGGGGGCGGUGGCCGGGGAAGGGGACGCAGAAAAAGGGACAGUGGUCACGUGAGCCCCGGGACCUUCUUUGACAAGUACUCCGCGGCUCCUGACAGCGGGGGAGCACCAGGGGUGAGCCCGGGACAGCAGCAGGCUCCCAGCUCGGCCACUGGGGGAAGCUCCGUGAACGAGGCCCGCGGGCCCACGCCCCAUGAGAAGGCCCUCACGUCACCGUCGUGGGGCAAGGGAGCCGAGCUGCUCCUCGGGGACCAGCCGGACCUCAUGGCGUCCCUGGACAGCACAGCCAAAUCGGGCGGCAGUUCCCCGCACGUGGGGGAGUUCGCCUCUGACGAGGUGAGCACGAGUUAUGCGAAUGAGGACGAAGUGUCCUCCAGUUCUGACAACACCACGGGCCUGGCCAAAGCCAGCCGAAGUCCCCUGGUGACCAGCUCACCCAAACUCCCUCCUCGAGGGGUGGGUGCUGGGGACCACGCACCGAAGGCUCCCGCGCUCGGCCUGGGCAUCCUGUCUACCUCUACCUCGACCCCUGACAGCUAUGGUGGUGGGGGCACCGGCCAUCCCGGCACACCGGGUCUGGAGCAGGUCCGGACCCCAACAAGCAGCAGCGGUGCGCCGCCUCCCGAGGAGAUUCAUCCCCUGGAGAUCCUCCAGGCCCAGAUUCAGCUGCAGAGACAGCAGUUCAGCAUCUCGGAGGACCAGCCCCUGGGGCUCAAAGGUGGCAAAAAAGCCGAGUGUGCUGUAGGGGCCUCCGGAGCGCAGAACGGUGACAGCGAGCUGGGAAGCUGCUGCUCCGAGGCCGUCAAGAGCGCCAUGAGCACCAUCGACCUGGACUCGCUGAUGGCAGAGCACAGCACCACCUGGUACAUGCCGCCUGACAAGGCCCUGGUGGAUGGUGGAGAUGACGACAAGACGCUGGCGCCCUGGGAGAAGGCCAAGUCCCAGAACCCCAACAACAAAGAAGCCCAUGACCUCCCCACCAACAAGGCCUCAGCCACCCAGCCCGGCAGUCACCUGCAGUGCCUGACUGUCCACUGCACAGAUGGUGACCCCAAGGCCCGCGCCUCCGUACCCACCUGGCGGUCACUGCACUCCGACAUCUCCAACCGAUUUGGGACAUUUGUGGCUGCCCUGACUUGAGCCCAUGGGAGUCCCCGCCCUACCCACCCAUGAGGGCCUCUGUGGCUGAGCAGACUCUUACGUUUUUGUCUAGGUUGGUACCUGCUUAGUGGCACUCGGAAUGGAAAGGGUUCAUUUAAAGGGGCUGGGGAAGGUGAUAAAAAGAACCUCAAAAAUUAUUUUAAAGAAACUGUGUGAUACACCGUGACACCGGUAUCAGUCCUCAGCCAACAGCAAACGCUGGCUCAAGCCUUUUUUCCUGCUAGAGAACCCCUAUUUUCUGUACUCGGCGUGUUCUAGAAGGCCCUUGCCUCGUUUAAGCCCAGCCAGGGUGCACCUGUUACCCCUUUUCUUUUUUACUCUCUUCGAUUCUUUUCACUCCCCGCUUCCCUUCCUCUACCCCAUUUGCUUUGUUCAUCACUUAUGAAGAUGAAGAUCUUGGAGAAUAGUGUUCUGGAAUAUUCCUGGGUGGAAGCCGCGGGGUUGUUGCGGUGUUAGCUCCUCCGUCACCAGUCAGGACAACAGAGGAACUGUGUUUCCUCUGUUCCCUGAGAACUUGGAGAGGCAUUUUCCUCACUGGCCCUGAGCCUUCAACUAGCUUCCAUCCCUCCCACUGGGAGCUGUCCCUCCAGACCCUUCUGGGUUGUGAGCUGGAUGCUGUGAGGCCAUGUUCAGCCACUUGAAGGAAGGAGCCUGCCAGGGUCAUGAGCUCUCCUCUCCAUUGUAACCCCUGUCUUCUCUGUGCUGAGCAGGGUGACCUUAUGACCCUCAGAGGGGACAGGGAGGCGUGGUCAGUUGUGCCAGUGACUUCCUGGCCCUGCUCUCCCAGAAUGGCAGCUGGGAUGCCUCAGCUCUCCUACUUCCUCCUAGCCUACUCUAAGUGACUCUAUCUCUGGGAGGAGGGAUUGGGGCAGCCAGACUCUGGCUGAGACCCUGUCUUUGAUCCUGUAGCUCCCUCAGGAGUCCAGGAGGGAAGAAUGAAACGAAUGGCUUCAUGGUAUCCAUUCUGGGGCCUCAUGUUCCCUUUGUGGGGUAUCUCCUGCCCUUCUGAUUUGGUUUCAUGCUCAUUCAAAAGCAGAGCCCUGCCCAAUGGGUCCCCUGGGAGAGGCGUUUCCCCCUAAGCAGAGAGGAGCAGAGAUUGAAGCGCUGAUAAGGACAACACCUUAGGGUGUGGUCUAUACCCUGCUAAGCUGUGACCCACUGCUGUGGGGCCAUCCAUCCGUCCCUCCCUGGGAGCGUCAGGCCAGAGCCAACCCUCCUGUUUCAGCUCAGUUUUUUGUUGUCAGUGUGUCUUCCCAAUUGCUCCAUUCUGAGGCCCCCAGCCCCAACUUGACAGACCCCCUUCCUUUUCUUAGCAAGAGGCCUGGAAGGCUUAGGGCUCUCCACACACCUCUAUUGUUUGUGUCAAGGGACUUUCAGGUGUGGGAGCCACUUGCCAAAAGCCGACUCUCUCCCUCCUGUCCUCCUCCUCCUCUUGGCUGAGGUCUGAGCCCCCCAGGCCUGUACUUGUUGUCUGGGCAGUGAGAUGGCCUCAAAGGGCAGAAACAGGUGGCAUGGGCUGGUGAGCAGGAAGGGCCCUAAACAGUGAGGGGGAUGGCUUCCCCUUCCACAGGAGCAUCCGCCAGGCUUUGGUCCAGACUCCACAUUUACCCUCAGAGUUUGCACCGCCUAGCUGUCUGAGAGUGCCAGCCUUUCCCUCCCCAAACACGAAUGACUUCUCCUUACUGCUUAAGGCUGGAAAACGAGCGUCCUAAUGUCCACCAACGAACUUCCCAGCACCAAGCCCACACACAGCCACCAGCGAGUGGCUCAGGUCACCCGGAAGUGUCCAGUGUCACCUUGUUCUCACUCCCCACGACCCCAGGGUGGAGCAGCUUUUAAAACAGCCUUAAGCAAAAGGACAUCAUGUUGUUAAGUUUGGUUUUAGUGGAAAGAAUAAAAAAUGGAAGAAAACCGCGCCCGAAGCGCAGGAGCCUGGGAACACUGUAAUCAGUAUACAGCCAACUCCAGUAGAGAGAAGGAAAUCGCUAUUGCACAUGUAAAAUAUGAACCCUUAACCCUGCAGUGCUGUGCGCGAGCCUGUAAGCUUUUUUUGACUCUUAAAGAAAACCAUUUCUGAAAUGCUUGGUUGGAAGACAGUGACAAUAGCUCAUGAAACUGAGUGGUAUUUUUCUUUCUUUUUUUAAAAAAAAAUAUGUAAAGUUGAGUCUUCCGUAUUCACGCAUACUGUAUAUACGUGUAUAUGUUUUGCUGAGCAGCUUAAAUAACAAUAAAUACGACGUUAAUGGUG